AUCACUCAUUUUCUGCUCUAUUGAUUGGUCUAAUCAUUAAGCUUCGCUUGAUUUUAAAUGUAUAUCUGCCAUGUAGCAUAAUUACGCAAAACCUUAAUCUACGUCUAGUAUACGUAUAAAUUGAUAAGCGAGAGGAAAUACGAACCUUGAUAAAGCGGAACGAUUUUCAUCUAAUUUGCGAACGCGGGAAUAUCGAAUAUUUGAAAGCCUGUGAAUUGCUAAGCACGCCAAACAUGUGAUACGGGUCAUUUUCAACGGUGAAUUAAAACUGAAAUCCACGGUAACUUAUUGGCCGAGAUGAAAAAACUUUACGGAAAGUUGAUAUCUUUCGCAUUUUUUCAUCUCUAAGUCAAUCAAUCGCAGAGGACGAGGUAACAAAAACAUGGCUUCAUCGACCUCCGGGACUCAACAACGCACCACUGACGCCACAGCCGACGAUAAUUUCAUUAAAUUCCCUCCCGUUAUCGACGGGAAAAUAAACACCGCGGAGUUCUUAGCUGCUGCGCAGGGUGUUGUGCGAAUCGUCGAUAAAUUUGGAAAGCUCUUUGCACCGGUCAAAUAUGACAUGCAGGGAAACAUUGACAAAUUGAACACAAAGUAUGUGGCUGACAAAGAGAAACACUCGACGUUGCAUGACAUGAUCUUGUUGGAAAAAAUUUCAGGGAAAACUAUAAUCGCCACAGAUGCUCUCCUCUGGCUGCGAAGAGGCCUCCACAUGAUCCAGGUGUUCUUUGAGAAGAUUAUUGAGGAUCACAAAACUGGAAAAGCUAGCGAUGAUCUGGUUGCACUUCUGAAAAAAGCUUACAAAGAAGCCCUGGAACCAUAUCACGGAUGGAUGGCACAGCAGCUGUUUGGACUGUUAUCAAGGACGGUACCGACACGAUCCCAACUACUGCACGCCCUUGCUAAUGAGCAAAGGAAUAAAGAUGACUUGAUAAUACAAGAGCUAGACGUGUUUUUGGUCAUUUUGAAAGAAAAUUUGCAAAAUCUGCUCACCUUUUACAUCGAGCACAACCUAGAAAAUGGUGCAAAAGUAUAACCAACAGUUACUUCAGUAAAUUUCAUGGCGAGCUUGAAAAAUACUUUAAUUUUUUCUUUGUGAACGCCAAGCUUGAUUUAACCAUGUUUGGUAGAUAACAUAUUAUUAUCAAGAUAUUUGAAAAUACUUUUCAAGAUUUAUCUAUUUCGGAACUUAAUCAGGAGCCUUGAAUAUAGGCUCAGAAGCAAACUGAUGAUACGUGGAUUUGAAACUUGAUCUACAAGUUUUUCCAUGUGC